AUGUUAAUCACUGUUGUUGUUCUAUAUGCUGUAAUUUGGUUACCUAUGAAUAUAUUUCAAUUACAUCUUAAUUUAGUUCGUUAUUCAAAAGUACAAUGUCAAAUUCUCUAUAGUUACUCAAUAUUGCCUAAAAUCAUUCAUAUAGCAUCUUGUUUUUUAACUAUAUCAAAUACAGUUAUCAAUCCUACUAUCUAUGAUUCUGCUAAUAUUCGUUUUCGAAGUGAUCUUCGACAAAUAAGACAUUCCAUUUUUCAAUGUCACGAACGAACAUCAUCUUACUAUCGUACGAGAUUUGCACGAAUAUUUUCACAUGAACUUCAAAGCCAACUUCGGGAUUCUAAGAUGAAUUAA